CAGGGUCUCCAGCCGCGGGUUGUCUGCUGAAACCGUGCCUUUGGACCGAGAUCAACAUACUUGGCGACUUCCUUUCCUCUGUUCUUGCAAUUCGCGUCCUCCAGCCACGCGGCCUCUUGCAUCCAUUCAAUUCCUCGUCGUUCAAUCGUAAUUGUUUGAGAACGGCGUCUUGGGGACCGCCGUAACGAAGAAUCCCCCUCCAACGACCAUUCGAACCCCUCAGUAUCCUACGAAUCGUCGUCCACCGAAAACGAUGUCCCAGCACCAACCCCGCCGGAACUUCUAUGCAACUGCCUCCCCCCAACCGGAACCAAUAUCGUCCAUGUCGAGUUCAAAGGGAUAUAACGCUUACUCCGCCCCCUCCUCCGCCGCGGCCACCGCCGCCAAAGCCUCGCGAUCAGGCAGUAUGUCAAGAUGGGCACUUCCCGUCCUCGCCGUCUCCGCCGUCGCGGCGGGCGCCGCAAGCUAUGUUCGAAGCCAGCAAGUCAGCAUGGCGAAGAUGCAGCAGAAGGGCGUUGAUCCGGUCGCGGAGAAAUACAGCGCGUUGAUGGACGCGUACGGUGACAGGGAUUCGUUGGAGGCGCUGGAGAAAGCGAUGGAGUCGUAUAAGAAAGAGUGACGAAACGACAGGGACGGCAGGAAGAGCCGAAUGAUUGAUGAACACUGGAGUUUGAAAUGGGUUUCCGGUACAUUGAAUGCAUUGCAUAGCAUUGAUGGCGUUUGGGGACAUGAGCUAGCGGUCUUUGGAAGCGCUUGAAGCGACGGGAUCGUUCAUAUUGUACCGCCCAAAAUGUAUAGCGUAUUGUUGUUGUAGCACACUCACCUAUAGAGGACUGAAUUUGCCACCCUCUUCAAUAUUAAGAAGCAUUGACACCAUUUCAGUUUCAGCUAUAUAUAAAA